GUUUAUUUAAACAUAUCAAAAAAAUUUGGAGCCACUUUUGAAAUUUAGAGAGCAAUUUUUUGGUGAUUUAGCCAUCUUUAAGCAACUAUUUGGCCACAAUCCAGUGAGCAACUUUCCAGUAUUUUACGAGCACAAUCGGGACAGGCCUAACCGAGACUUAAUCCCGACCAAUAAAAGCAACUUAAGCUAUUAGAACUUAUCCAGUUAUUCCUUUUUACUUAGUGACGCAGACACACGAUACCUCUCCGUUAUUGCCUCUCGCUGGGAAAUCGCUCCGAAACAAAUUCACCUCCAAAGCAUACUGGGGACUGGGGCAUUUGGAGAGGUUUGGAAAGUUGUGGUCUACGAAAUGCAAGGACACCCUGAAGAGACUACAGUGGCCGUCAAGAAACUAAAACGUAACUGUUCUGACCACGAACAGGAAUCGUUGGCACAAGAAAUUGAAUUGGGAAAAUCGUUAGAUGGAGACAAACAUCCCAAUAUCGUUAAUUUUUUGGCGUGUGUUUCCACAUGCACCCCCAUGAUGUUGGUUUUGGAAUAUGCUCCAUACGGGGAUGUGCUUGGCUACCUCCGGAAAAGCAGGGGAGUGGAAGAUCAGUUCUAUUGUUCCCCAGAGUGUUGCCAGCAAGAAGUGACUUCAUAUGAUCUGCUUAGUUUUGCACAACAGAUAGCUUCCGGGAUGAGGUUCCUGACAUCAAAGAAAAUCCUCCAUCGUGAUCUCCCGGCAAGAAACGUCCUGUUGGGAGCAGGCAGGAUUUGUAAAAUUUGCGACUUUGGACUGGCCCUGAUAAGGGAGAGAUAUCAACAGUAUCUUUACUGCACUGCUAUCAGAAAGGGUCGCCUUCCUAUCAAAUGGACCGCUCCUGAGCAUCUUUUCAAUGUUUCUGACGAAAAAAACCUUAGAGUGUCGGAGAAAAGUGACGUGUGGUCAUACGGUAUUGUCCUGUUUGAAAUAUUUACUCUCGGAGGCGUGCCUUACCCAGGGUGGAACGAAUGGAAAGUUGUAUAUGAACUCAAAGUGAACAAGUAUCGUAUGCCUCAACCAGAACAUGUUAGCGAAGAACUAUACCAGCUCAUGGUGGAUUGCUGGAACGAAGAUCCCGACGCACGACCCACUUUCGAUCUUCUUCAUGAAGUAACGACCGGAUAUUUGCAGGAAGAGCACUAUGUGGAUAUGUCAAAGUAUGAGCCCAGCCUUUACGCCAAUGUGGAGGAAACAGCUUCUCCUGCAGGUCCUGCUUCCUUUGAGAAUUUGACCACUGUGCUGUAAAAGAUCAAGAUUUUGACCAACACAUACUGCGCAUGCAUAAGAACUGUUAGGUUCAAAAACUGUGCCGAGGGAUAGCUAUGAAAGUAGCUUGUGUCAUCAUGUGUAAAAGUUAGAUUGUAGAAGGUGAGGCAGCAAAUUAAACUGCGUGUAAUCUGCAAAUGACACUCAUGAUAGCACUUUGUAGUAUAGUAUCGUUAGGGAAUUACGUUAUCGCCUGAGCAGAGUUUUCUCAAAAAGUUUUUUAGAAUAGAGUUAGUCAUUAUUCGUAUUAUCAGGGGCAACUACGAUACACCGUUUGCAAAUAUUGCGAAGAUAGCUCCAAAGCGAGGCUUCUCGGUAGCAACACUGUUGCUAAGGGCUGGCUGGGCGUCUGUUUUCAAGUACUUCGUGCCAGCUAAUACCAGGUUAGAUUAUGCUUUCUUUAGGCCUAGGCCUACAUCCUGUGUUCUUUUAUCAGAGAUGAGUAAUUGGAAGACAGUACCAUCAAAGUAAAAUAAUUCUAGACUUUUAACGGAAGUUACAGUCUGGGAGGUACGUCUUGAAUCCUGCUUUGUUAUGAACGUUCGAUUGUCUUCUCAUUUAA